CUUCUGCCGUCAGGGCACCCUCUUUUCCCCUGCUAAACGCCCCCGACUUCCCCGGCAGCCUCCAUGUGGUGUUGUGCGUGCCCUUUUCAGUCGGCUUGAGAGAGUGGAGAUCUGGAAGGAUUCCAUAGUUAAGUUGCUUUUACAGAAUUAACAGGUCUUCAAGAAAUAAAAAGGUCAUUAUUGCUGUGGUUUGCACUCAGCAUGGCUGUAGUCAUCCGUUUACUGGGGCUUCCUUUUAUUGCGGGGCCUGUGGAUAUCCGUCACUUCUUCACGGGAUUGACUAUUCCUGAUGGAGGAGUGCAUAUAAUUGGAGGGGAAAUUGGGGAGGCUUUUAUUAUUUUUGCAACAGAUGAAGAUGCAAGACGUGCCGUAAGUCGUUCAGGAGGGUUUAUCAAAGAUUCAUCUGUAGAGCUCUUUCUUAGUAGUAAAGCAGAAAUGCAGAAGACUAUUGAAAUGAAAAGAACUGACCGCAUGGGAAGAGAGAGACCAGGAUCUGGGGCAUCAGGGGUUGGCAGCUUAUCUAAUUUUGUUGAGGCUAUUAAAGAAGAAGGAAGUAAUUCUGGAUAUGGUUCUCCGAUUAAUCAAGAUGCUGGGUUUCAUACUAACGGUACAGGACAUGGUGAUUUAAGGCCAAGAAAGACAAGGCCAUUGACAGCUGAGAAUCCUUACUUGUUUCUACGAGGCUUGCCUUACUUAGUAAAUGAAGAUGAUGUACGUGUCUUUUUCUCUGGUUUAUGUGUGGAUGGAGUAAUUUUUUUAAAGCAUCAUGAUGGCCGAAAUAACGGUGAUGCCAUAGUAAAAUUUGCCUCAUGUAUUGAUGCUUCAGGAGGUCUUAAAUGUCAUAGAAGUUUUAUGGGUUCAAGAUUUAUUGAAGUAAUGCAAGGCUCAGAAAAACAGUGGAUUGAUUUUGGAGGUACUUUAAUUAAGGAAGGUGACAUUUCUAUGAGGACAGAAGAACAUACAUCACCAAGAGGAAUUAAUGAUAGACAUUUUCGGAAACGAUCUCAUUCAAAAUCUCCCAGAAGAACAUGUUCUCGUUCUCCUCUUGGAUUUUAUGUUCACUUAAAAAAUCUGUCUGUAAGUAUUAACAAAAGAGAUUUAAGAAAUUUUUUUAGAGAUACUGAUCUGACAAAUGAACAAAUUAGGUUUUUAUAUAAAGAUGAAAGAAGAACAAGAUAUGCCUUUGUGAUGUUCAAGACUCUGAAAGACUAUAACACUGCUCUGGGUUUACAUAAGACUGUUUUACAAUAUCGUCCAGUUUAUAUUGAUCCAGUUUCUAGGGAACAGAUGCUGAAGUUCAUUGAAUGUUAUGAAAAGAAAAGACCAGCAUCAACAGAGAAAGAGAGACUUGGACAGGUCUCACAAAAACACUCUCAAGAAGGCUACUCUGGCCAGAAAUUGUGCAUAUAUAUAAGAAAUUUUCCAUUUGAUGUUACAAAAGUUGAAGUGCAGAAGUUCUUUGCUGACUUUUCCCUUGCUGAGGAUGACAUUUGCUUGCUUUAUGAUGACAAAGGAGUUGGUCUAGGAGAAGCGUUGGUGAAAUUCAAAUCAGAAGAACAGGCCGUGAAAGCUGAACGUUUAAACCGACGGAGAUUCUUGGGGACAGAGGUGUUGUUAAGGCUCAUAUCUGAGGCACAAAUGCAGGAGUUUGGUGUAAAUUUUUCUUCAAUGCCUAGUGAAAGAAUGCAUGACCAUUCACAGUCUUGUGAUAGAGAUGAUCAUUCCCAUUCGUUUGACUCAAAUGAUCCACCAGUAUACUCAGGUGGCCCUGCGGAAAACUUUAGGCAUCAGCAAGAGGACUUGAGGCAACUGGACAAUUUCAAGCAUCCUCAGGGGGAUUUCCGACCACCUGAUAGACGCCCUCCAGAAGACUUUAGGCAUUCCCCAGAGGAUUUCAGGCGGUCCCCGGAAAACUUCAGGCGCCUUCGGGAGGAACACUUCAGGCGACCUCCUGAGGAUGACUUCAGGCACUCUCGGGAGGAGGAUUUCCGGUACCCAAGGGAGGAGGACUGGAGGCGGCCACCUGAGGAGGAUUUCAGGCGACCUCCCAAAGAAGACUUCAGGAGACCUCAGGAGGAGGACUGGAGGCGCCCCCCAGAGGGAGACUUAAGGAGGCCACCUGAGGAGGAUUGGAGGCGGCCUCCUGAGGAAGACUUCAGGCGGCUUCCCCCAGGGGAAUGGAGGCGACAACCUGAGGAAGACUUUAGGCGGCCCCCGGAGGAGGAUUUCAGGCGCCCUCCUGAGGAGGACUUCCGGCGACUCCACCAGGAGGACUUCAGGCGGUCUCCUGAGGAGGAUUUCCGAGGUUCUCCUGAGGACUUCAGGCGGCCACCCCCGGAACACUUCCGGCGGCCGCCCCCAGAGCACUUCCGACGGCCCCCGCCAGAUCACUUCCGUCGGCCGCCCCCGGAGCACUUCCGGCGACCACCUCAGGAGCACUUCCGGCGACCACCUCAGGAGCAUUUCCGGCGGCCAUCCCAGGAGCAUUUUAGACGACCGCCUCAGGAGCUUUUCAGGCGGCCACCCCAGGAACAUUUCAGGCGCCCCCGAGAGGAAGAUUUUAGGCACCCACAGGAUGAAGAUUUCAGGGGCCCUCCGGAUGAAGACUUUAGGCACCCUUCUGAAGAGGACUUCAGGAGUUCUCAGGAGGAAGAUUUUAGAAGCCCUUCUGAUGAGGACUUCAGGCGGCUCCCGGAGGAAGACCUCAGGGAAGCUCCAGAGGAGGACUCCAGAGUUCCUGACAGUUUUAGACUUCCUGGUGAGGAGUUUAGGAGCCCCCCUGAUUUUAGAAGUCAUCGUCCUUUUGUGAAUUUUGGUCGCCCAGAAGGUGGCAAAUUUGAUUUUGGAAAGCGUAAUAUGGGAAGUUUUCCUGAGGGGAGAUUUAUGCCUGAUCCAAAAUUAAAUUGUAAUUCAGGUAGAGUAACGCCUAUUAAGAUAAUGAAUCUUCCAUUUAAAGCUAAUGUUAAUGAGAUUUUAGACUUUUUCCAUGGUUACAGAAUCAUACCUGAUUCAGUUUCAAUACAGUAUAAUGAGCAAGGAUUACCUACAGGGGAAGCCAUUGUUGCCAUGAUAAACUACAAUGAAGCUAUGGCUGCUAUUAAAGAUCUGAAUGAUAGACCAGUUGGCCCCCGCAAGGUUAAGUUAAUUUUGCUCUAGAGAGCAUUUCUAAAUUCAUAAUUAUCUCCCCACAGUAUUGAUGCAGUAAAAUGCAUUUUAAGUGUUUAUUUUUAAUUAUCUAAUGAAAAGAAACAUUUUAAUUUUGACCUGUGAACAGAAGAAAUGUAAAUAGUAGAAUGUGAAUCUGGUUUUCUUUUGCUUGCAAAUUGCCAUUCACUUUUUCUAACUUAAAAUAUAUAUGCUUUUUUUUGAUGGGGGUGGGGUGGGGGGAGAACUAAUUCCCUGAGUGCAGUAAUUUUUGUUGAUGUCAUGGGCACAUGUCAAGACUUGUAUAAAGUAGAAAACUGUGUUUGGGGAAGACAAGUUUUAUGUUUACUUUUGUUUCCAUUCUGUAGUCUACAUCUCUACUCCAAUUGUAUAAGGAAAUGGUCAGUGACUGAUUGUUCAGGGUUAGCAUUUUUAUUGCUAACUGCCUGCAGAAUUAAUGCCCUCUUCCUUGUCUGAGAUAUUACUGUGUUAAGCCUCUCCUUAAUCAUAAAUAGUUCAAAAUUGACAGACUGUGAACUUGAAGUUUACUUAUGUAAAAGGCUUAGGAAAUUAAAAGUUUUUAUAAAAAUAAAAAAAUUGCAACUGAAUAGAUGAACUAA